CAGUAUCUAACCGAGCCUGGUUUCGCGAGGUGCUUGACGAAGGCUUUAUUUAUUCACGAUGGAUCCAAAGUUUACGUUUAUAUUAUUAAUCAUGACGGUACCCCUAGCGAAGGGUGCUGUGCCGGGAACAUUCUUUUGGAAACCUCGACUGGGCCUCGAUUUGGCUAUACCAACUACAGAGCCAUCGGUGAUAAUUAACAAGCCGAACCACGAGAACAUUAACGCUGGUCUAGCGGUGCUGGUGGACGGUUAUCAGGCUGGGUUGACCAUUAUAUCAUUUGCUGCCGGUAUAUCCAGUGCCAAGACUUUUCCACACCUAAAUCCGUUCUCCGCAUAUUUCUACACGAAUACUUACAGAUGGGCAUUGCGAUAUUUCAGCCUUAUACCGUUUUGGCUCGGAGGCCACGGAGGGAAUUAUUGCGAUACCCACAAAACCUGGCGACGACGUUUUUACUACAUGGAUGAGUUUCUUCCAAAAUGGAUGAGGAAUCUAUUCCCAUAUGUAGAUAAAGCUGAGUGGGACCACGAGGAAUGGGAAUGGAGAAGAUUUAAGAAGUAUGCAGAACCUGCCUUUGGUAAACAUUAUCGGUAUCCAUCGAAAAGAUUCCGCAAUUUCAAGAGCGCAGAGACUAAAGAGACCAUUGAAAAUAUGGAUCAGUCUGGAAAUUCUAUUCUAGGAUAACUACAUCUGAGUAAGGAAGUUAAACGUUGUAAUUAAAUAAUAUCAUUAAAGCAUUGACUAAGUACACAGCCAUUCUAACCCAUUGUUUAUAUGUUUGUACAGUCUAACUAAACAUACGCAAAAAGCUUUAAUUAUGUACAAUACCACAUUUUACACUUUGUCAAAGAAUGUCCAUUUCAUAAACAUUAUUACGCCCGUAUUCACAAACGAUGCUUGCUUAAGUGAAGCAACAAAUCAAACGCACAGCGUUGAAU